UAAUGAAUAUAUAUAGGUAACAAAAUGAAAUCAUUUGUUUAUAAAGAGUAACAGAAGUGUUUCUUCAAAAUGGAUUAUGAUGACUUCCAAAAACCAUACAAACAACGUUUUAAGGGUGUUGAAAACUUUUUACGUCGAGUGGCUUUCAACUUAGGCAAUACUGCGUCACAGACAGAGGUGAAAAUUAUAUCAUGUAUUCCAAUAGACGUAACCGACCUGCAACAAAAGAUUAUCAGUCUAGAAAAGCAAUUACACGAAGCUAAUGAGCAUGUUUCUCCUGCUGAUGUUCCUGCUCCUGCUUCUGCUCCUGCUCCUGAUCCUGCUCCUGCUCCUGCUCCUGCUCCUGCUGCUCCUGACACUGCUCCUGCUCCUACUGAUAAAGCGAACGAAAAAUCAGAAAAUAUUCCCAAUAAUAAUAAACCUUCCAAUGGUGUAAAUUCAGCUCAGAGAAACGGAACAGGCUUCAAUAAGAGGUCUAGUACGGUAUCCUAUUGCACCAGUAGACAAAACGACAAAGUUAGGUCAUCACAAUUUGGGUCAUACAGUGGAGAUUAUUCUUCCAGAAUAAGGAAGUCGAAUGUCUCUUUUGUUUUUCCGGCCCUAACAACACCCAACAAUAAACACGAAUAUGAGUUUAAUAUUCGUGAAAAUUGUAAUAACGAUAGUACUGCUGCUUUUGAUCGUUAUAGAAAUAUCUUCAGAAAACGAAAAAGAAAAAAUAAUUGCAAGGGUAGUAAUAAAAUGAAAACACAUCUAGUAUACUACGCGCAUCAUACGGCUCAUAACCCUUUUAAAAUAACCGACGAUUCCUUAAAAUACAACGGCGCUAUAAGUAACAACGACGAAGUAUGUAUAUCUUAUUUAAAUAAGAUUAUUCGAAGACAGUAUGAUCCUAAUGAGGUUGUAGAAGAGUUUUCUAAUACGAGUAAUUUUUCAAGACCUAUAUGUAGAGAUGUUGGUAACACUCAUAAAAAUAUGAGUAAAUACGAAUCAGAAUCUGAUACAUGCUCUUGUUGCCAUGACAAAUUUCGGAACAUCGACCAUUACAUGACCAAAGGUGAUUAUGACUCAAUAAUGACAAAACUACAUACAUCUCUAGAUAACACUAGCUCUUAUUACGAUUCCAAUCACUACGACGUAAUACCUGUUAAAGAAAAUAGUAAUAAAACGUUAAAAAAUAAUAAUGAACAAAAAUUGGAAAAUGAAAUGAGUGUGGAAAUGAAAUGCUGGCCUGAACAUUUACGAACGAAACAAAAAUUUCAGCCUUAUUUAUAUAACUAUCAGGCUGAAAUACCGGUUAAACGGCGUACUAACAAAAUAUUACAAGAUAUGUUCUUGAGAGGAACAAAUCAAUCUGUUAAGCCAAGUAAAAAAAAGGAAAAUACAAGAGUGCCAAAUCAACAGACAGGUAGUGUCACGUCUAAAAGUUGUUGUAUUGAUUUUAGUGACGUAUAUCCAAAAAAAUGUCCCCGACCCACUAAAUCGCGAAAAAUCGAAAAUCUUACAAUAUCGCAAAAACAUGAAUCAGUUGCCACAGACGAGAUAGUUAACAAAUUGAAUGUUAAUAAUCAAAGCACACAAUUAGAUAUAAAUAAAGUUGAGGAUUAUAGAGAGCUAACAUUAAGCCAGAUAAAGACUAUAUUGCAAUCUGUUUUAGAAGAAGUGAAAAUAAGUACCAAAGUUAAUAAUACUUCGGAUGAAGUAAUAAAAAAAGAUGCUGUCGUUCAAAAAGGUGCAUCACAGAACAGCCUGCCGGGUGAUUCCACCUUUCUUCACAGCUACACUUACAAUAACUCUUACAACACAAACUCUCAGCUUGCUUCUUGUUCAAAACAAACACCUCAGAGCCCAUACGGUGUCACUGGCGUUCCCUACCAACCUCUUAAAUGCUUACAAAACUAUCCUGUGUUUAUACAACCUGCGCCAGGAAGACAUAUGUGUGCUUGUUACUAUAAGAAAAGUUCUUACAAGCCACAAACAAGACAUGCUAUGACUGCGGCUACUAAUACUGACAGGGAACAAAUAUCGAGCAGCAGCGAGACUGAAAAACUUAUUAAAGAAAUAUAUAAAUCAAUGGCCAUAAACAUGGACUUUCCUAAUAAAGACAGUUCAAAAAGCGAAUGCAAUGAUCUUAAGCCAUCUAAUAACGUUUCUUCCAACACAAUAGAAGUUAAAAAUAUAGGAGUUUCAAACAAGAUAGAUAUUAAAGUUGAUGCUAAGGUUUCUCCUAUUCAGUCAUAUUUAAGCCAAACAAAGAUAGGAUACGAAUCGAAACAAGGAAUUCAUUUAAAUAAUAAUGAGAGAUACUGCGAGAGAGAAAGAUUCAAAUUUCACAGUGUUCACAGUUCGGAUUCCAUCGCAGAAGUUGAAAAUGAAACUGAUGACUCAAGCGAUGAAACCGACAGCGUAGAGACAUUGGUAUUAGAAGAGGAAUAUAAACAGGACAGAAAAACGAAGAAAGGUUUCUUCAACAGAAUGCUAAAAUCAGUCAACUUAUUUAAAAAGAAAAAAGAAAUGCCGACAGAAAAGGAAGUAAGUGACUCCGACGAUUAUGAAACCGUCUAUAGUGAAAAAUCUGCAAAUGUGUCACCGAGCCGUUAUAAAAAAGCUAAAACAAUAGCUCCAUAUGAUCGCGCUAGGACCAAGCGAUCCCCAUAUUUGGAACAAGAAUUCAGGCGGCAGUGGAACGAAGGGUUAGCGUUCCGCGAACAGCGAGAAAGUAUAUGUUCUUCAGAGAGGCCAAAUGUGACACAUUCAAACCAAAUUCCUACAAGACCGUUAUAUUGGACGGACUUCGAAGCGAGAAAUGCAGCCGUUUAUCACAAAACACCAACUCAAUAUAGAACGAACGAUGCCAUCAGACAAAAUGAGAUUGGUAUUCAACAAAAUGUCGCCAAGAAUAGUAAAAACAAGGAGAGACUCGGGUGGCUUAAGAAACACAAACUCGGAGUCAACUGCGGCGAACAAUGGAAGAAGUUCAUCCUUGAGAGUUGAUAAGUAUCCUAAAUUGUCGCGUCGAAUGUUAACAAUUGUUAAAUUGCGUGUUUUUACUGUUUUGUUAAAUAAAAGUCUUUUAUAUUUUA